AUGGAUUCUCACUCCCAAUCCGAGCAACCAAAUCCCCCUAAGAAGAACCGCAGCAUCAUCGCUUUCGUAUUACUGCGAUGGCUUAUCGCAAUUCUAUUACCCUUCGUUUUCUUGUUCUCUGUUCCCUUUCUUUUGGGUUUACUGCUUCUCAUCCUCGCCGAUUUCUCUGUUCCUAACCCCAUAUCUCUCCCAUCACACUGCAAAAUCGUCUCCACCGGUGUUGAUAUUAGAUCAUCUAAGAUUUGUGAACUCGGAUUGUUAGAUUAUAAAGCAAAAGAUGUUUUUCGUCAUUUUGAAAGAAGCAAAUUUCGCUGCCGUUAUGAUUACUAUUGGGCUUCAGUAUUCAAGGUGGAAUACCAAGAUCACUUUUCAGGUCAGAAACAAGUUGCGUUUGCUGAGGCUCCGAGUGAAGCCCUUCCUCUUUAUUGCAGGCCUAACUUUGGUGCUGCAUGGCUGACGCAGUACAAAUUUAAGGUAAACGAGACUUAUGAUUGCUGGUACACAUCUGGCAUUUCAAAAGUGCAUUUAUAUCAAGACAAUCUCUUUGGUUGCCGUGCCGACGAGCAGUCUACUAUUGAGAAGAUUGUACAAUAUUCUACCCAGGCCAUGGAGACGAUAAAUUAUUGGUUUUCCGAUAAGAGAAGGAGGGCCCAAUUUUGGAGGUGGGAAAUAGUAGCUGGCGCCAUAUCUGGAUUCUCAACAGCUUUGAUCUCCAUAACCUUUAUUAUGUUCCUCAAACAACUUCUAUCUUCAGUACAUCGACCGUUUGCAGCAUGGAUACUUUCUUGGCGUGUCAAUGCUGUUCUCAUCAGGCGCGUGUGUUUUCUUAUUGCAUACUUAUCUUUUGUGGCUUGGUUAGCUAUUGAAUAUGGGAAGAGGCUUGGUCUCACAGAUAUUUUCAGAUUCCCAAGAUUCUAG